GUAUGGGUAUGGAACCCAUGAGGGCCUCAACUAACCCCCCACCGACCUCAUCCCGUUUCCCUGGUAACAGACACCAGGCACGCCGGCUCCACCAUUUCAAUUACCUCUGGGGGUGCAGACAAUUAGGACCAGUAUUCACAGCUCAGCCGUUCUGUAAUAAAAAAAAUUGAAGUAGUAUUUAUGUUUGGUUUCACAUACAAGAAGUGAAGGGUUGCGUGUGAAGGAAGCGAGUUGAAGUCUGUGUUGUUGUUGGAUGGGUGUCAUGUUCCUUCAUACCCUCCCGGUGCUGUGAAUGGUGCAGGCCGCCGGGCCAGCUGGCGGUUGUCAAGAUGGCGGCGGCGCAGUGGCGGGCUCCAGGUGUUUGGAGUGGGGUGGCAAACUCUGAUAUUCCUCCUCACUUUCAGCGAUAUGCCGGACUGGUAGACGAGUCGGAAGGGUUUCAGCUGUCGCUCCGGACGUUGGAGGGUCUGCCGUUUAAAGCGAGUUUGUUGGAGGGAGUGGCGAAUGUCCAGUGCCAGCUCCGACUUACCCUCUUCGAUACCACAUAUUCCCAUUUCUUUGGCAGAACCUGGAAGAGUUCUCCACAGCCCAUAAUGCACACCCAUGGCCAGCCAGCCAAAGUGUUGUUCAAUCAGAGUGUUUACUUCCACACCCCUCUAAACUGUGCCCACAUUGUGAUCAUUGUGGAAGUCGUCGCGAUUGCGAAGAAGCGUGAAGAUAAUGAACGUGUCCUGUCAUGUGGGUUUGGAAUUCUGCACUUGUGCGGUAGACAGAAAUCUACACCAGAUACUGCUAAAGGUCAAAAUAUUAAAAGAUUGAGUCUCUAUCAUGGUACGCCAAGAGCUUUGCUGCAUCCAAAGUUACAGGACCCCAUUGAAAAGAAUACAUUUAUGACAUUGAUUGAAGGAAGCACUAUUUUUUACUCAUUUUCGUCUCAUCCUCCACUAAUGGAAGCUAGUCACCUCAUCCCAGAAAACAUGUUGAUCGCUGGGUCAGAAACAGUUCCAGGGCUGGUUGCACCUUCUAAACCAACAAGCAACAUUUUGAAGAAACCCAAUUUAAUGAAGACUGUAACUUGCUACUUGGACAAGCUGUCCCUUCAGCUUUACCCAACACUAGAGAAAUUUGAAGAGGAGCUGGUGGAAUUGAUUAAUGCAGACCGACUGCUUAAGAAUGAUCAAGUUUCUGAUGGAAACACGGUUGUCAUUCAAGAACGAAGGCUGCAUGUUUGCGUCCACAACAGCUGGUGUUAUGUUCAGAAGCCGCAGGUAGUAGUUUUGAUACCUGGGACAGUGCAAGGAAAAUCCAGGAACCUCUCCAAAAGUUCGCAAAAAACGUCCCUGGUCCUCAGGAGCCGUAUCCAACUGACAGAAAUGGUAAAACUGCCAAUGUUUGCUAUAGUUUUCCACCUGGAAUAUGUGUUCUCCAGCUCCACGGGAGCAGAUGGGAAGUUAUCCUCUUCUACCUCUUCUUUGGAAAAUACAGCGUACAUGCAAAUCUUACGUUGGGCUGUUUGGAAUCCGUUCUUGGGAUCUCAUGCUUCUGAUGUAACGAUAUCACUUCAUGGCGGACCUUCACCCAACCCAAGUAAUUUGCUGGUUUACAAAACACCUUCCACUGACAUGAGCUCAGAAGAGGUAAAGCAGGUGGAAUCAGGCACCAUCAGUUUUCAUUUCUCAUGCCGUUCGGAUAAGCAUGCAGACAGCAAUGCUGAGCUGAGUGAUUCGACAAAAUCAGGUGGAGCGCUAGGUUCGCAAAAUUCUUCAUUCCGCAGAAAAACCCCUGACGCUUCAAAAUAUCCACCUGAGCAAAUGUUAUCCCAUUCCCAGCAUUCUUCAUCUCAGUACUUAACUACAGGCCUUCCUACGAGCAGAACAUUGCUGAGGCAGGUUAGUGGUCACCGUACAUCCUCAAAAAUGACUUCAAUCCACCAGUUAUCCCGUUCCCAGCAGUCUUCAUACCGGUACUCAGCUACAAGUCUUCCUCUGAACAGAACUUUGCGGAGGCAGUUUAGUGGUCACCGUAUACCCUCAAAAAUGCAGGAACCUAGAGGCAGCAUUGAUCAUAUACCCUUUGAUGCUGUAGAGUCCCAUGCCAUUGAACAGCUACAAGAAUUGCCUUUCACACCAAUGCAGGCACCAAUCCUCACCUUGAUGACUGAGUCUGAACGAGCUACCACUGUGACUUCAAGAGCAGCUUUAGCGCAGUUGCAUGCUGUUGGCUUCCCUGAGAUCCUAGAUGAUAACAAUGAGCUGGCAACAGUGAUUGACCCUGACGAACUUUCAAACUUUAAUCUGCAGAAGGAAAAAGCAGACCGUCUUCAAAGCAAUGAGAUAAUUCUUCAAUUUCUAGCCUUCAGCAGAGAACCUGAGGACAGUAGUCAACCAGGAUCAAUCUACUUCACCUUCCAGUUUUAUCGCUUCUCACCAGUAACAACACAGCAGCUGCAACUUGUCAAGUUGCGCAACUCACAAAAGAAAACUUUGAAGUUUACACCUUUUAUUCUUAUACCACUAAACAAAAAUGGUACUGGUAAUUUAGAUUCUCCAGGGCUGGAGCUGAAAUUCAUGGUGGAGCCGAGUUAUAUGAAGGAAGGAGAACAGCGACGGUUUAUGCAAUAUCUGGCCACGCAGACAUUGCAGAUUGAUGUCUGGGAUGCAGAAUCCUUACUUCUGAUUGGCACAGCAACUGUGGAACUGAAGUAUUUGUUACGCCAAGGUCAUACAGCAGUCCAGGUUUCUCACGAGCUGCCAGUCAUAACCACAGAAUACACCCCAGAUGUACCAAUGGCUUUGGCUAAUAUCACCAAGCAUGGCACUGUCAAGCCUUAUGGAAUGACAACAAUAACGAAGGGAAAACUACAUAUGCGACUGGGGAAUGUUGGUCACCACCCUAAGCGGACAGCAAAGAAUCCGAUUCCUGUUCCUGAGUCAAGGAUCAUCUCCUCACAGGAUGGAACCAGUGGUUUUUCUGGUGGGAGCCUGUCUACAAGAAGUCCGAAAAAACUCAGUGCUUUAAACAUGUAUAGAGCACAACGAAUGGUAGACUUGGACAGUGAGCUGGCUUCUGUCCUUUUCUCCAGAGCACGAAUUGACAACUUUGGACAACAAGAUCUAGAUAGUGACGCGGAUAUCCUUCGGAAACGGAAGCUGCGGAGGAUGAUGGCUGUUCGACAGCUGGAGUCCGGUGUCGAUCUUAAAUCGAAGACCCACGUUUUGACUAAACACGAGGAGCGAAAGCACCAUGAGAGAGACUUGCAGAUCAUCAAUGCGUACCGGGAGCGGAUUAAAUCGGAAAGUAUCAGCAGGAUGUUAUCCCAGGCCAUCACCACACAGUACACCUUAUAUGCCACACUUGGAAAUGCUGAAUUUUUUGAAUUUUCUCUGAAAAAUCCCUACAGUGUUCAACACACAAUAACCAUUGAGUGCGAACAUCCAGAACUCAGCGUCAUUGUGAACAGCAGAGAAUGGAAAUACUUCAAGAACCUCACAAAAACACUGACACCGCUGGAGGAGGACAUGUUCCAUGUUGAAGGAGGAGUACAGAGUCCUCAGCUCUACCUACGACCAAAGGAGACUGUCUACAUCCCAUUUAAAUUCCAGACCUUCAGUGCUGACCAUUCCAUUGCUCCACAGGGUCCGGCAGACGGGAAACUUGCAAAAAAGAAUAUCAUUCAUCAACAGGAAACCAACCCCACAACCAAGAAAAUCGAAGUCUCUUUCAAAAUUGAAAAUCAGAAGCCGAUUGCCAUCCUUCAGGUGAAUGUUGAAGCUCAACCCUAUGUUAUUGAUCAAACAUUUCGCUUUUAUCACCCUGAAAUGACAUUCCUGAAGAAAUCAAUCCGCCUGCCUCCGUUGCACACUCUAUCAGGUCUGACAGUACAGUCACCGAAUGCUGAGCUUCAGAUCAACGUUCGCUGCAGUGAUUUCAACAUCAUUUGUGAGACAAAAAAAGUGGCCCACAAUGAGCCUCAGGAUGUUUUCCUGAAAGUGGCGUGUGGCCCCAGUCCAGAGGUCAAGAAGUUCUUUGUCAUUGUUUACAUGGACCCCUGGGUGGCAGUGCCCGUCCAGAUAUGGCAGUUCUACAUACACUCCAUGCAAAAGAUUGAUGUGAGCUGUGUGGUCGGGGAACUUACUCAACUCUCACUGGUUCUACGUGGGACACAAGCUGUCCGGAAGGUCGCUGCUUAUACCUCAAGUCCUGAAGAGUUGCAGACUACACCCUCAGAUGUCUUCUUACUUCCACCGCACACAGUGAAGGACCUGCACAUUAGUAUACGUCCUCAGAAAGAAGGAGAUCGCUGUCUCUACCUGAAUGUAGUGGAUGUCGAUUUUCGCCAGCUGGUAGCCUCUUGGCUGGUCUGCUUAAGUUGUAAGCAGCCCACCAUCUGUAAGGCUUUUGAGAUCUCUAUUCCCAUUGGGGAAGGGAGAGGUAGCAACAAGCGCAUCAGCUACACCAAUCCCUACCCGAACAAACGGAUGUUCUUCCUGUGGACCAACCGGCCGGAUUUACUACAAUACAAAGAAGACUCUUUUGAGCUUGAUGGUGGUGAGACUUACCAUAUCGGCCUGCGGUUUGCACCAGGCCAGAAUCCUGGUGUGGAAGAAAUCUUGAUUUUAAUUAAUGACCAAGCUGAGAAAAAUGAAGCAACUUAUUGUGUGAAAAUUACUUAUCAAUAAAAUGUCUACUUGGAUGCCUGAUAAACUGGCAUCUUUGAAGUGAGUGCAUUUUGAAAGAGACAUGGAUCCCAUAACUCAACGACAAGCUUGCUGUAAGAGAGGUCCGUGCAGAAGCUGAUGUGUGUAUGCCGGAGUGAUAAUAAAACAGCUCUGCAAUAAGACACGACUGCUGCUCAGCAAAAAGUGAAAGUUCUACUUUAAACCUUCAUACUUGUGACUACUGGUUCCCUGCCUAGUGCUUUCCAUUGGUUUGAAUACGCUGAUAUGUUUUAUAUCCUGCUCUGUUUUCACAACUUAAUUUAUAAAAUAUCUCUCUCCCAUAAUCUUAAAACAUCGCAUCCCUUUAGUGAUCUUAGUGAUUGAUAGUCUAGGAACUCCAAGCCUUAUCCUUCUCUAAAAAUGUUUGCUAUUCCUUUCAUCUCACUGGCAAUCUCCCACCCACCUCAUUCUACUGGCAUUAAGUACAUUAUCAACAUUUUUAUUACUUCGAGAUUCUCCUGUUGGCCCCAAGCCCCACCUUCAAAUUAGUCCAAUUAACCCACAAAUGUAUCCACCAUCUCCUGCCUUGUUCUGGGUCCUCUCAUCAGCGUGCCUCAUUAGCCUCCAAUGCCUCUCAGUUACUAGCACAAAAUCCUUGAAAUCAUCAGCCUCUUUUAUAAUCCCUCCCUGGCCUCACCUCACCCAGUGCCUUUCAGCUGAGACCCCGUGUAUUGUUCAUUGUGAUGUUUGAUAGUGGAGCCAGCUCCUGUAUCAAUGCAGUUCUGAUGUUCCAUCCCAAAAUCCCGUGAUCCACAUCUUCAGUUCUUGUUUUAAAACUCCUCUUCAGAAACAUGGUGUUGCUUAACUUUUCAAAUUAUUGUUUGUUCUUUGCUCUGGAACAUGUAACAUCUCAGCCCAUUUUAUUAUGUUUAGAUGGUAAAUGCAAACUAUCAUCCCUUAUCAAUGAUUUAUUUGAACAUGACCCUUAAUAAUAACUAUUCACUGCAGAGUCCUAGAGCUCUACAGCACAGAAAAAUGCCAUUCAGAGCAUGAAAUAUGCACUGGUCACAAACAAGCACCUAGGUAUUCCAAUCCCAUUUUCCAGCUUUUGACCCAUAGUCUUGUGUGCAUUGGCAUUGCAAGUGCACAUCUAAAUAGUUC